CAUAUUAUUACUCAAUGAAAACUAAAAAGCAUAUUGCCUUGCCUUAUUACAAUAAAGAUACGUCCGACGUAUUCUACUUAUUCUAUAUACAGAAUAUUUCUAUGGUAUUUCUCUAGUCUCUAAGAUUCGGGACUUCGAUUAUUAUUCGUCGUUCAACGCUGUUCGUUGGUUAUCAGUUAUCAACGAUCCUAGAAUUAUAAAAUUAUUAUUAUUCUUUAUUUUGUGCGAUUAUCAUUAAUUGAUAACCGAGUAACCGACCAGUGCAAUUAUUAUUAUAAGUAUUAAGUAGUAAUUCUACUGCUCUAGUGCUCUACACUCUACUGCUCUAUUAUAGUCUAAAACUGAAAGGCAAACGUUUAACAUGUAAUUUACAAAUAUAUUGUACUAUUUUAUGUUUUUCCUUUGUAUAAUUUAAUAUUAUGACUUACCUUUACAAUUCGGUACUUCGGGAGGUUUGACAAUUUAUAUUAUAUUUAAUAUUAUGCAAUUGCGUGUUAUUCAUGCAAUCGCGUUACGCAGAUUGCCGAUAGUAUUUCGCAUGUGGAUCGCCAGUAAGUAGUGUUACAAUGACCGUAACUGAUUGAUAAGUAGGCAUUAGACAGUUGCAGUACGCCGCGACGCUAUGUGUAUGCCGUCUGCCCCCCAAAAAGAUUAACGUAUCAACCACAACCAUGUACUUUACUUUUGGGACGGACAUCGAUCCAUUCCUUGUAAAAAACUUCAAUGUGCAAUCGACCAUUGGGUUGGUGACGUUAUGUGUUGGUUUGAUAGCAUUGGCGGUGGUCUUCGAGUCACUGAAAACUGUACAUUUCAUGACGAGGGUUCACCGACGACUAUUAUGUUGCAGUCAGCCAGAUUGCAAGGAAUAUAUUAAUAAAGAACCGUUCAUGGUAACAUUUAGAAUGAAAAUUUUUGAUUGCAUUAGGACAUUGGGAGUUUACAUGUUUCAAAUGUUGGUUGGAUACAUUUUAAUGUGCGCUAUAAUGACAUUCAAUGGGUACAUUUUUUUUGCCACCGUUGGAGGAUAUGGUUUGGGAUACUGGUUGUUUGGCUUAACAAUGAUGCAUUUGUCAGCAAAGAAUUUACUGAAAUCCCAAGAUAAUCCAAUCAGAUGUAAAAACUGUACUAGAAUCAACAUAAACAAAAAAGAUACUACAGAAGAUAGUAUCAGUACUGAUAUAAGUGACGAUAUAAUACCAAGCACAAGUUCUGUGGUUGAAGUGGAAAUACAUAAUAGAGUAUAAUUUAUGGAGAUAUUAUUUUCUAAAAUGUUAAGAAACAUGUUUAAAAUUUUAAUCUAUAAUUAAGGUUUUUAAAAUGUUUUUGUUGUUACCAUUGAACUACAUAAUUUUUAUUCAUUUAUUGCCAAACCAAAGAUAUUAUUUGUUUAUUAAUUGAAAUCUGUUUUAACUGUUGACACCAUUUUACCAUUAUGUCUUCUAUUGUAUCAAAUAAAUUGUAUAUUAGUGUACAGCUGAAAAUUUUAAAAACAAUGGAGUUUAUACAAUUUUAAUGCGAAAAUAGCAUAU